CACUGCCCCAACUACAACAAGUGCUGUACCAACCACCACCACUGCCCCAACUACAACAACUACUGUAAAAUCCACCACGACUGCCCCAACUACAAGUGCUGUACCACCCAUCACCACUGCCCCAACUACAACUACUGUAAAAUCCACCACCACUGCCCCAACUACAACAAGUGCUGUACCAUCCACCACCGCUGCCCCAACUACAACAGGUUCUGUACCAUCGACAUCCACAGCACCAACUACAAGUACCACUGGCAUAACAGCGUCAACAGUUAUAUACUUUGUAAAACCAGUAACUAAAAUUAUCCUUACUCUUCCACCGUUCCCUCCUGUUUCCACUAGAAAUGUCACAGUGAUGAAUUAUACUGUUGCCACAACUACUCCUUCAGCUAUUAUCACUCCUGUUUGUGCCCUCACUCCUUGUGAAAUUGAAUUAUUAUUGGGAUUCAUUCCGGGAGAUGUCGUUGGUUGGGUUGAAAAAGAUGGCAUUUCAGGUGUCACUAGUGAUGCGGAAGUAGUGCAUGCUAAUGAUAAAAUUGAAGAUGGUGUUACAGUUUAUAUUCAGUGUAAUAACUGUACUUGUGACAAGAAGAAGUUGCAAUGCACUAGUAAGAUAUGUCAUGGAUGUACUUAUAAUUCGUGGAGUAACUGGGGAGAAUGUAGUAAAAGUUGUGAUAUUGGUAACCGUAUUCGUAUCAGAGAACGUUUUAAAGGAAAAGGAAAUGAACCAUGUAACCUGCCUUUAGAACAAUCAAGUGACUGCAAUUUUGACCCUUGCAAAGGUAAACCAUCUUGGUCUACUUGGAAUUCGUGGAGUGAGUGCUCUGCCACUUGUGGUGUUGGUUCUCAAAAACGGCAAAGAAUUUGCAAUUAUGGUUUGUUAAAUGAAGACUGUAUUGGGGAAGCAGUUCAACUCCAAGCAUGUGUGACAGCUAUGUGUGAAGGCAAUGAAACUUGUAAAGAUGGAAAAGUUUGGUCUGAUUGUGCAAAUGCUUGUCCAAUGACAUGCAUGGAGCACAAAAUUGGGGAAAAUAUAUGCCAGCAGUCUGACACUUGUAUACCUGGAUGUAGAUGUCCUUCUGGAUUCCUUGAAGAAAAUGGUCACUGUGUUGAGAUUAGCAAGUGUUUCUGUCAUGACAAAGAUGGAACAUCAAUUCUGGAAAACUUUGAAGCAAAGUCUCAAUUCUCUUGUCAGAAAUGCUUUUGUUCUAAUGGUACCAUUGAAUGCCUCAACAUAACGAAGAACUGUUGUAAAUAUGCUGAAUGGACAAGCUGGGGAUCCUGCAGUCAGACAUGUGGAGUAGGUGUGAAGCAUCGAUACAGAAAAUUGUUAACUUCAGGAAAUAGAUGCAGUAGUGAAUAUUUAAUUCAAAAUGAAACAUGUACCUUGGGAAAUUGUCCGUUUGAUUGCAUAGUAAAUGAUCUUGGCUAUAAUAAUGAUGACAUCAUCCGGGAAUCUGCCUGCGAGAUUUGUAUUUGUGAGAAUUACAGAGAAAUGUGUCGUCCACAACCAAAUGCUAUUGUCCAUGCUAACUGGACUGAAUGGACACAAUGGACAGAAUGCAGUCGUUCUUGUCAACCUGGAGGAUUAAGAUCCAGAACCAGAUUUUGCUCAAAUCCACUGCCUCGUUGUGGAGGAGAUAAAUGCUCUGGUGAUGCAGUUGAAGUGAAGCCUUGUAAUGAACAAGAAUUUUGUUGUACAUAUACACCAUGGUCAUUCUGGUCGAGUUGCAGUGCGAGUUGUGGCCCUGGUAUUCAAACAAGACAGCGACAGAGCAUGGAUAAAAACAAUUGUGAUGUAGACCCAAUUAAUGAGAGAAAAACUUGUGAAGUACAGCCCUGUGAAGCUGCUUGUGGACAAUGGUCUAACUGGAGUUCUUGCUCUGGUGAUUGCAAUUUAGGAACACGAUUUCGGCAGUUUAUUGUCUAUAGCACUGAAUCAACUAAUUCGCUGUGCAAAACCAAAUAUGACUUUGUUAAAUGCAACUUAGAAAACAAAUGCAAUUGUAGUAAUUUGGAAGAAUGGUCUGUUAUUGCUGGUUGUGAAGCCAAAUGUGAAGAACUAGUUUCUCCUGCAAAUAGUUCGUUCUGUGAAAAUUGGAAUUAUGGCUGCAAAUGUAUUAACGGUUUGUACAGAGACAAAAAUGGUAAAUGUGUUCGUAGAGAUCAAUGUGAUCUUUCCUGUUCAGUAAAUGGUACUAUAAAAAUGAAUCAAGACAUAUGGAAAAAGAGAGAUGACAAUUGUACAUUAUGUCAGUGUAUUAGAGGCAAAAUAAAAUGUGAAAGAAUUUGUAAAAUCCCUGUCUGUCAAGAAAAUGAAGACCUCAUAUAUUUAGAUUCAAAUACUUGCUGUCCAGUUUGCAAACCUAAAAACUUUGCUCAGUGUCAAAUGAAAUAUGAAUUUACUUAUUUGGAGAAUAGAACCAGCCAAUGUCGCUCAACUACUGAAAUAAAGGUUCCAUACUGUUCGGGUAAAUGUGGACUGAGUACUGUGAAGCCAGCAUUACUUACAAAGAAACCCGUCGACCAAUUGGAUCUUUUAUUUGAGAAUAAAUGCUUGUGUUGCAAAGGCAAGGCUUCUAAAAUUAAGGAAGUCAUAGCACUAUGUGGUCCGGACCAAGAGAAGACAGUUAUGUACUAUCCGCAAAUUUGUAGUUGUGAAUGUAGCAGAUGUCAAUAAGUUAACAAAACAUUAUUUCACUGAAGCUGAAAUGAAAGCCAAAAGACAUCAAUUGUAAUAAAA